GAGCCAUAGUGAGUGUAACAAAUUUGGAGGAGCGUCGGCAUCCACGCUUAAAAUCGUGUUUGUUGAUGAGCUGAGAGAUAUCGAAAGGUUAUCGGAAUCAUCGGAUGCACGUCGGCGUUGGUUGACGGUUUUUUGUGCGGCUUUGAGGAGGCAAAAUGAAAGGGAUUUGUUUGCGUGCAUGGGAUCGUUUUGUGUAUUUUUUUUUAAACCGGCGUGGUCCAAGGCGAGCUCGUCUCUGCAAGUCAUUGUCCGUGAACGCUUUGGUGGUGAUCGUGUCAAAAUCUUUCUUUUGACACUCAAUUGUUUAUUUUUUUAAGUCGAGCGAUCAUUUUGCAAGUCCACACAACCAACAUGUCACAAAAUCUGCGUUCAAACGAGAAUAUUUUCGACUAUAACUUUGUAGUUUCUCCUCUUUUUUUUUUGGUCCACAUGAAGCCUCGCCCACAUAAGUUUGACGCCGUGCGGUAAACAAGAAUCUUGAUUGGUUUUGCUUUGAUCUAAUGAGAUUAAACGAGGAAAAAGGGCUACGUAAGGCAGUCCGGAGAGGUUCCGCUGGUGCCAGUGCCAUGCUUUCCAUUGGUUCCUGUUUACAUGAUGCCCGCAGGAGCCGCUCUGAUUGGUGGGCGCGCUCACGUGACCACACAACUUUGUACAUUUGACAGCGAGUAGGAGGGUUUUGUGGAGAUCAGAAAAACGACAGCGCGAUAAAAAUUAGUAUUGUUGCACUUCACAAAUUAAUGACCAUGAGUUCCUACUUGAUAAACUCCAACUAUAUCGAGCCGUCCUUUCCUCCAUGCGACGAAUACCAGCAAGGCGGAUACAUCCCCAACCCGGGGGACUACUACGAGCGGCCAAAAGACACGGGCUUCCCCCAUCACGAAGAGCCAUCCUACCCCAGAUCCAACUACACGGAACCGGGCUACGACUACGCCAACGUCCCCGCCGGCGGACUGGACGAUUUCAGCGACGGCCACCACUCGGCGGCGCAGCCCCCGACGCUUGCUCAGAAUCUCGCUUCAGCCCCGGACGGCGGAGCGGGGGCCAUUAAGGACUGCAGCCUCGCCGGCGAGGUCUACCCCGGCGCGGUGAAGGGCAAAGAGCCGGUGGUCUAUCCCUGGAUGAAAAAAGUCCACGUUAGCACCGUCAAUGCCAGUUACGCCGGAGGAGUGCCCAAGAGGUCCCGCACUGCCUAUACCCGCCAGCAGGCUCUGGAGCUGGAGAAGGAAUUCCACUUCAACCGCUACCUGACGCGGCGCAGGCGGGUGGAGAUCGCGCACACCAUGUGCCUGUCCGAACGCCAGGUGAAGAUCUGGUUUCAGAACCGCCGCAUGAAGUGGAAGAAGGAGCACAAGCUCCCCAAUACGAAGAUUCGCUCCAAUUCGGCCUCUUCAUCGUCGUCGUCUUCCGGGGCCCAGAUGAAAACAGGCCAGCAACUCGUCCCCACGCCGUGCACCGUGGGUCUAUAGUGCACAGCCCCCCCUCACCCCCCUCCUGCCCCGGCCCGUGCUCAAUAAAACCCCCCGAACCAGACUGAGAUGGCAAAGAACACAAGAGGAAAAUUCGAAGGACCGAGUGAAUAUUUUGGUGUUAUUUGCCCCUUUGUCCCCCCCCUCACCCCCCCCCCCCCCACCACCACCUUCCACUCUGCGGUCGUCUUUCGCGUCUUCACUUGAGCUUCAAAUGCAUUUUCAAAUCCCACAACGGCGACUGAAGGGUUCGUGUAUUUUCUUUUUGUAUUUUUAUUUUUUUACGAAUGAAGGAUAAUGCACAGUCACGUGGAUUUAAAAAAAUAGUCUUUUAUUUCAGUUAGAAAUGGCCAAACGGUGAGGUAAAAGCUUGAAUCAUUUCCUUUUUUGGAUGGUUAAUUUUUAUUUGUUGUUUUUUUCCCCCACGCGGAGGAUUCUAAUAUACUUGAAUGUUAUGAUUUGAAAAAAAAACAUUUUUUUACGAGUUUCCAUUGUAGUCACGGUAUGCGUGUUCGAGUUCUGAAUGUAUAGUCCAGGUGACAUGCCCAUGUUGUAAUGUACAUAUAUAGACGAAUUAUGAAUGGAGGCACAACGAGGAAUGCAUUUCUGCAGGUAGAGACUUUUUUUCCCUCCCGGUUUUGUUAGUUUCACGUAGUGAGCUCUUCAAAUCCUUCAAUCGAAUUUGGAUUCGUGCUCGUGUAUCUCAUGUUGUGUAAACUGUGAAUAUACAUGCGUGUUUGUGCCGUCUCACUAGUGACCCCUGUGCUGUGUAGGCUUAGACUGUCGACUGAAUAUGAUGUCCUUGUGAAAUAAAUGUCCACUUGUAAGAUC